CGCUCCGCCCCCUCACGCUGCUGUACGCAGAGCGGCCAACAUCCGAGGACUUGGCCCCGAGUAAUCCCCGCCGUGACCUUUCCCCUCUCCGCACGCCGAGCGGCCUGCGCCGCAGCCCCGCCGUAGCGUGUCCGCCGCUGCCCGCCCAGGCCCGGGUGUCUCGGAUCCGGCCGCCGCGGCUCGUCAUGGCGGCCCUCAGCAAGUCCAUCCCGCACAACUGCUACGAGAUCGGCCACACUUGGCACCCUUCCUGCCGGGUCUCCUUCCUGCAGAUCACUUGGGGAGCCCUGGAGGAGUCCCUGAGGAUCUAUGCCCCCCUGUACCUGAUUGCAGCAAUUCUCCGGAAACGAAAAUUAGAGUAUUAUUUAUACAAACUACUUCCUGAAAUCCUGCAAUCCGCUUCAUUUUUGACUGCUAAUGGGGCCUUGUAUAUUACUUUCUUUUGCGUUUUAAGGAAGAUACUUGGAAAAUUCUACUCAUGGACCCCUGGCUUUGGUGCUGCUUUACCAGCCUCAUAUGCAGCCAUUCUAAUCGAAAGAAAAAGCAGGAGAGGGCUGCUCACAAUUUAUAUGGCCAAUUUGGCCACGGAAACACUGUUUAGAAUGGGUGUUGCAAGAGGAACCAUCACAACGUUAAGAAAUGGAGAAGUCCUUCUGUUCUGCAUCACAGCGGCCAUGUACAUGUUCUUUUUCAGGUGCAAAGAUGGCUUGAAAGGAUUUACAUUUUCUGCACUUAGGUUCAUUGUAGGCAAGGAAGAAAUUCCCACACAUUCUAACUCGCCAGAAACAGCAUAUGCGAAAGUGGAACCAAAGAGGGAGAAACACAAAGGGAAGCCCCGAGGAACGAAGCUAAUGACUUUAGUUAGGACGCUUGUGGAUUCCAUAUGCAAACAUGGACCAAGGCAUAGAUGCUGCAAACAUUAUGAAGAUAAUUGCAUCUCUUACUGCAUUAAAGGCUUCAUCAGAAUGUUCAGCGUGGGCUACCUGAUCCAGUGCUGUCUCAGAGUCCCCUCUGCAUUCCGGCAUCUGUUCACAGAGCCUUCCCGGCUGCUUUCUCUCUUCUACAACAAAGAGAACUUCCAGUUGGGCGCGUUUCUUGGCUCUUUUGUUAGUAUAUACAAGGGAACCAGUUGCUUCCUGAGGUGGAUUAGAAACCUGGAUGAUGAACUCCAUGCUAUUGUGGCUGGAUUUUUGGCAGGUGUAUCAAUGAUGUUUUAUAAAAGCACAACAAUUUCCAUGUAUUUAGCUUCCAAAUUAGUGGAGACCAUGUAUUUCAAAGGCAUUGAAGCAGGAAAGGUCCCCUAUUUUCCUCAGGCAGACACUAUCAUCUAUUCCAUUUCUACAGCAAUUUGUUUCCAUGCAGCUGUUAUGGAAGUCCAGAACUUGCGACCCUCCUACUGGAAGUUCCUUUUAAGGCUCACCAAGGGCAGAUUUGCACUCAUGAACAGAAAAGCCCUGGAUGUAUUUGGUACUGGUGCAUCUAAAGAAUUUCAUGAUUUUAUCCCCAGACUGGAUCCAAGAUAUACAGUUGUAACACCAGAGUUGCCCAUAGAGUUUUCUUGAAGAUGGCUGUAAUUUAAUUGAUUGACUAUGCGUUUCACCACUUUAUCCUGAAGAGUUAAUUAUGUUGAACACAAAGAAGGGCCCAAGCUCGAACUUCAGUGUUACUUCAAUGAGAGAUGUAUUUUCUUUCUUUUUCAUACCAAUCAGAAAUCCAGAAGCUUUUUUAGAAAGGUGUUGCUUAAUAAUUAAGCUUCCUCUCUAGCCAGAACCUGAUUCUGGAUCACAUAGUAUUGACAUUAUGAUAUAUUAUUGAUUAAAUUAUGCCACAGAGAAUAUUGUAUAAUCUAUGUAGAAAUAUAUUAAUAAGAGUACACUUAAAAUUACUUUAAAAGAUGUCUUUAGUUCAUUCCAUUAUAAUUCUUGGUCAAAGCUGAGAAUGUUUCUACAUUUUAGGAUUUACAAGGGGUCAAAGCUGAGAAUGUUUCUACAUUUUAGGAUUUACAAAGGAUCACGGGUACAUGGAUAUGUGUUUUUUAAACUUUUAGAUGGGUAUUUGUAGCUAUGGGAUGCUGUAGAUCUGGAGGAAUCUCCACAGGUGUUGCUGUGUUAGUGUGGCACAGUGUGGAGACAGGGGCCGUUCUUCAGGGAUUUGGAGGUGGUUUUUUAUCAUUUGAGUGAACACCCUGGUGGUGCCCAUAGUCUUUUGUUCAGUGGACAACAUGGUCUGUCUCCAUAACCACUUGGGCUGUUUGGCAACCCAGUGACCUUAUAUACUAGUGGCAGGUUAGGAAUAAAUGGAAACUGAUAUAUCUGAUACAAUUGAAAUGUAUGUUUCAGGGUUUUAUGGUAGCACUACAUUUGAAUAUUUUUGAACAGAUAUUUAAAAGCAAAUCUUUGAAACUGCCUGUAGGCAUAAUACGUUUGCUUUCACUUACAAGGACUGAACUCCAUAGCUCUGUUUGUAUGCCAUUGGUAUUUUAGAAGGGAUUAAAACCUAUGGGAAAAAAUAAGUUUGGGCUAGUUUGACAAUUUGUACCCUCUCUAAUGUUUCACUUAAAUAAUGGAUGUUUUACAAUUAAAACUAUGUGAAAAUCCAGUGAUUGUUGAAAGGUCCACUUCUCACUAAUUGGAUUCCUUCUCAGAAGUCACUCUCAUCCAUUUCACUUUAGAAUGAAGUGACAAAAUAUAGUCAGUGCUGAUUAGUCAGUUGAGGACGGCUGACUGAAAUUUGAUCGCCUGCAUUUUCCUGGGAAAAGUUGUACUUUUCUAAGUCAAUAAAAGGCUAACGUGGUUGUGAUGUCUACAGUUAAUGUAACACAUAAGAAUGAUGAUAUUUUUUAAAAUACAGUUUUGUUGCUUAAAAGGUUUCAAGCCAUUGCAAAGUAUGCAGUACAACUUGUGUUACAAGAGAAAUUAUAACACGGACAUUAAAAAUGCUUAAUCCUCCAUAUUCAGUUGCAUCAAGCCUUGUAUACUUCUGUUUCUAUGAAAUCCUAUCCCUGGUUGUUAUGUUAAAUUGAAUUCCAACAAAGAGACAGACUCUAGUGCCAUAUAACAAGAGAAUCACUUUAAUUUAGUCAGAAUUUUGCAUUGUAAUUAGCUUUCUAGAGUGAACUUACCAAAUGGGUUAUCAUUUGGCAGUACUGCUAAAGGGUCAUUUUGGUUUCAGACUUCAAAACGAUUAAUGCAGGUUUAAGUUUUUAUUCACUGGAAUCAAGAUGAUGAUUAGUACUGUGUUUACUUUUUAAAAUGAGAUAUAAAAGCACUGAGAAUUUCUGGCUACCUGUACCUCAUUUUCUCUAUUCUUAUUUUAUGUUUUUAGCAUUUUUUUUCUGUUAGGUUAAAAAUACAUUUUAAUCUAUGUUAUUAUUUUCAUUGACAUUGAAAAACUGUGAUAAUAAUUAAUUCUCUUGAAAUUUGCUAAAAUUGUUCAGUAAAAUUUUGCUGCUCAAAAAGGUGCAUUAUAUAUAUAUGUAUGUAUAUAUAUAUUUUAACAAAUAUACUCAUGUUUUAACUUCAUGUAAAAUGUGAAAUGAAAUAACUACCAUGAAGCAGAAUACAGUGGAGAAUGCAUAGCCUGACGACAGCUAACUGAUGUGCAAUGAUGAAUUGAAAUACACAGUUUCAGUUCACUGGGACAGACUUGUUCACGCAAACACGAAGAAACUUGGGGUUCCUAAAGACAAUCAAAAUGAAUACCUUUCUCCCUCAGGCAUUAAUUGACAACUUAAUCAUUAUGAUAAUUGACACCACAAAUAAAGGCAACUAGAUCUCGUCA